CAUAUCCGGUCGCAUUCUGGCGAGAAACCUUUCAGCUGCAGUCAUUUCUCUUCCUCUUUUAGCCAAAAAGACAAAUUGAAUGAACAUAUUCGAACGCAUACUGGCGAGGAACCUUUCAGCUGCAGUCUUUGCUCUUCUUCUGUUAGCCGCAUAGAUCGUUUGACGGUACGUAUCCGAACGCAUUCUUGCGAGAAACCUUUCAGGUGCAGUCAUUGCUCUUCCUCUUUCAGUGACAGACAGUGUUUGAAGCUACAUAUCCAAAAGCAGACCGGCGAGAAACCUUUCAGUUGCAGUCAUUGCUCUUCCUCUUUUAGACAUAGAAAUGCUCUAACGGAGCAUAUGCAAACGCAUACCGGCGAGAAACCUUUCAGUUGCAGUCAUUGCUCUUCCUCUUUUAGACAUAGAAAUGCUUUAAAGGCGCAUAUUCGAACGCAUACAGGCGAAAAACCUUUCAGCUGUAGUCAUUGCUCUUCCUCUUUUAGACAUAGAAAUGCUUUAAAGGCGCAUAUUCGAACGCAUACAGGCGAAAAACCUUUCAGCUGUAGUCAUUGCUCUUCCUCUUUUAGAUGUAGAAAUGCUUUAAUGGUGCAUAUUCGAACGCACAACGGUAAAAACCAUUCAGCUGCAGUCAUUGCUCCGCCUGAAUGCAUCUAAAUGUAUAAUGGCGAGAAACAAUUCAGCUGCAUCCCUCGCUCCUCGUCUUUUGCUGUCUAAUUGUAAGUCAAUUUUAUGCAACUAAUUCGAAAGCAUAUGUUGAAAAGCUGGUCCUUGCUCUGCGUCGUUUGCUUCCAACCGCCUUAUAGCGAAAUGCAAUACCCUUGCGAAAGCAUACGCAUGAAAUGUCAUUUAGUCGCAGUCAUUGUCCCGUCUCUUUUGCUGGAAAAACCCGUUUAAUAAAAUACAUGUGAUUUUUCCAGUGAGAGACCAUUCAAUCUCAUUGAUUGCUCUGCGCCACAUUUGGUGGAAAGAAUUACAAAUAUUGUAUUUUUGAUUUUAAGAAUUUGACAUGUAUUACAUCACUUCGAAAUCCUUGUAGUAUUGUGGAAUAAUUUUAAAAUGCUCAUUGGUGUUCUCUUUCCAGAUUAGUGUCUUGAAACUGGAUAUCUCAAAUACACGUUUUCAAUUAGAAAGGCCCUGAAUUGAACGAACACCUCUCGUAUCAUUCAAACUGAAAACACCAUUAAGUAUUGUGAAUUAGUUUCGAAAUAUUCAGUGAUGUUUUCUUUGCAGAAUAGUUUCUUGAACUGAAAUUUCUGAAAUAUAACUUAUUAAUUUA